UAAGGAUAUAAGCAUUCGCUGUUCUGCAGUCCUCCGCUCUACCAACUGACUUCAUUUUCCCUCAUUUGUGAGUUAGCUUGGAUUCUUUUUUAAUUAGGAAACUGGAAAUGCACGUUUGUUCUCUAUCGGGGAAUGUGCGAACAACAGGCAAAUGUAUAUCUUUUAGGCGUAUUUAUGCGGUAGGAAAAGGUUUCUUUUUCGAUCCGGAUUUCAGCAUUUAGUGUUCUACAGUCUUCCGCUCUAGCAACUGAGUUAUGGAUUUUAGAGAACUGUGGAUAAACUUGAAGUGUUUUGAAUUCUUCUGUAUGAUUGGAUUCGUACACCUUGACUAUUCUUUAAGAAACUGGAAAUGCACAUAUUAUUCUCUAUAGGGGGAUGUGCGAACAACAGGUAAAAAUAUUUUGGGGGGCGCAUUGAUGAAAAAGAUUCCUCCUUCGAGCCGGAUUUGAACCAGCGACCUAAGGAUUUCAGCAUUUUGCGUUCUACAGUCCUCCGCUCUACCAACUGAGCUAUCGAAGGGACAUGGAGAAAUCUUUGGAGCAAAAGGUACAUGUUUGUAUCGUAGAAUUGAGUUUAGUCUUCUCUACCGGAUGUUGAUCAACGUCGACCAUUCAGCAAUCGUGAGAUUUCCGUGUAUUGAGCGCUCGUCAGAACUGUCGACAUGUGUCCAAACGGGUCUUUCCAGGCACAACUUUCUUCAAUUAUGGAGACGCUGACGACGUCUGCCGUUGCAGAGAUUACAAAACUGGUCGAUUACAGUUCUGCCCUUCUAUUCUCGGAGAUAUCCCGACAACAGGGAGAGAACGACGCUCUUCGGAAGGCAUUGUACUGUAUGCAAAUCGAGCUCGGGACCGAGAGACCAAAGCAGGGCACCUCUUCUGUUGAUAUAUCUUUAGAAGUUCAGCUUUGCGACGAGAUCCAGAAUAAUAAAGGCGUGGGGGACCACUGGUUUCCGGACAAGCAGUUGGUUGUGAGUGAGAGGCACUAUGGAGUGGAUGCUGCCAUCGAAUUGGGAGAAACCAGUGCACCGCAGCGCAGAACAGUGAAGGAAGAAUGUCCUGACGUGAAACAGGUCAUUUUACAACCAGACCCUAAAGGUGAGGACAGGCCGGAGGAGGUUGUGGAGGCUAGUCACCCGGAGGAAGCAGAGCACAUCAUUAUCGGUGGAGAAGGAAAUGGUGGCCUGUCCCUAAAAGAUGAUUUCCAGGCCAUGGACGAGAGCCAGUCAGAGGCGUACCACAGCUCCACAGCAGAGCCCGAGGAAGAAGACACCAGCCAAGACUUCAGCGAGGAGCUGGAGAUGUGGGUCAAGUCUGAGCCGGGGUCAGAGAGCGACACCGUCAGCUUCACCCCCAGUGUCGCAGAAAACAAGAUGGUCGACCACCUCACGGGCAGGGAAAUGCACGCCUGUUCAUACUGCAACAAACGCUUCAACUACCGUAGCCAGGUGAUAAUCCACGAGCGGGUUCACACGAGGGAGAGGCCGUUCGUCUGCAAGCAGUGCGGCAAGGGUUUCUCCCAGAUUAACAACCUCAAGAAGCACCAGCUCUGUCACAGGGGAGGGGAGGGGAAUCACGAGUGCGGGGAGUGUGGAAAGGUGUUCUGCCACACCCAGAGCCUGAAGAAUCACAUGGUGGCAGCUCAUGGCUUCGGUUCAAGGUUGGACUGCGAGACGUGCGGCAAGACCUUUCACAAUAAGAAAGCUCUCAUCGCACACUCCACCAGUCACAGCAGGGCUUUUGGCUGCGAGAUAUGCGGGAAGGCUUUCGGUACGAAACAAACUCUUAAGACCCACCAGUUCACUCACACGGGGGAGCGUCCGUUCAUCUGCAACUACUGCGGCAAGAGCUUUGCCUACCUCUGUAACCUUAAAACUCACAACAGGGUUCACACUGGGGAGAAGCCCUUUGGCUGUGAGCUGUGUGGCAAGUGUUUCACUCAGAAACACUGCCUGGAGAAACACUUGUGUAUAGAUUAAAGAGCUGUAGAUACACAGAGUGACUACAGCAAACGACCGUCUAUGUUUACUUGUUGGCACCAAAUGUUCCAUGGCCGUAACAUUCUAAUCUGCGUUCUGACUAGGAUGUUGUGGUCCUGUAGUCUGGGUACCAGUCUGUUUAGCUACCGUUCCACUCCUUGUGCUAUGGGCCACAGAGACGGGCCUUUCUUCAAUCUCAGCGUUUAAUAUGCAGCUGGAUUUUGUGAGGAGUUGCUGAUUUGUUGUUGGAAAUAACGUUAUUGUUUGGCAAUGGCACAGAGUACAAGGAGUGGUAUGUUAGCUAAACAGACUGGUACCCAUGCUAGUGGUCUUGUGCUAUCAUGGGGGAAAUUCUAAACCUAAAACCAAGUUUGUUGAACUGUGCGUAUUCUAUUGCUUUGUUGAGGAGACUUGAGAGUUUCUAGUAAAGUGUCUACAUGUGUGUGGGACAGAUUGACCUGUGCAAAUAUUUAUUGUUUUUUCUUAUAAUAUCACAUUGUUAUUUUAGGUAAUUUGAUCAAUGUUUAGUUACAUUUUAGCUGACAUUUUAAUUUGCACGAUUACGAAUUACAUCGACAGUUACUACUACAACUUCUAUCAUUACUGUGGCGGUAACAAUAGUGUGAGGGGAUUGACACACAAAGCCAAAUCUCCCCUUCACAUUCUGAUUGGACAGAAAUAGAUCUCCCCCUGUUGAGUUGGGUUUCUCUCAAAGUUUAUUGGUCAUCACUAGCUUCCACAGCUACAAAGUCAUAAACCCGCCCGUUUCUACAGUUUCUCUUCUUACAUUUUGAUUUUAAACCUAACCACACUGCUAUUCUUAUACCUAUAACCCUAACCUUAACAUGAAGAGCAAAAAUGAAAAUACAUACAUUUUUACGAUAUAGCCAGUUUUGACCUUGCGGCUAGUGAAAAGUUUAUUCUGAUCAAGGUCGUUUUCCCUACUGACCUUUUUUACUGUACUACAAAUAUUAGCCUACAUAUAUUUUAUUUGUUUGUUUUAACAAAUGUAAUUUUGACAAAUCAGCUGGUAUUCACUGUGUACAUUAUAUCCAAUCCAUGCUUUAACGUUGUAAUGAUAAAAUAUUGUAUUCUGUCCUGAUUCUGUCCACAUAUAUAGCAUAACAUAUACUGUUGUAUUUCAUUGGGAAAACAGUUCUUGACAAUACGUAUUUCACUUGGUCUGGGUAUUAAGUAUUGCUAGAAUAACUUUUUAUAUAUUUUACUUUCUGACCUUAUAUGUAUGGAAAUGGCCGACCAUGACUGUGAAAAAAACUUGUGGUACAGUCUUACAAUGGAUGGGCCGUGUCUGCUCACAAGCUAAACAUGCAGACGGAAAAAGUGAGGGAGAUGGCCCACAACACUGUCUUCGUCAACUCCUACUCACACCGUCUCAGCACUGUUGACUGAAGUUGAUAUUUUGUGAUCCGAGGUCAUUCCCCUCAUGUUUGUUCCCCACCGACUGAGGUUCUUCAAUGAAACUUGGAGUGAGGUGAAUGCUGACCGACUACCACUGGACGUACUCAGUGAGGUGGCAAACACCUACCACGCAUUUUACGACACCAUCAACCACAUUGGGAACCUGGAUUGGGUAAAUGGCGAAUCAUCCUAUGAAGCAAACAAUCUUGUUUUGAAACUUGAGGAUUUCCAGUUUGUUCCAGCUCUUCACCUACGCCAGGUUUUCUCCAACAUUGAUGUUGCAUUUGACACUCUGAAGCACAAAGCAAUGGAUGUGGCAGCCUGCAAAGCUAGCAUUGAGGAGCUGGUUCAACACAUCCAGAGCAAGAAGUCUGACUCUGCCUUUGACAGUGUCUACCAGAAGGCUGAGAGAUUGGCUCAACACCCAUGCAAAAGUCUCAAGUAGACGGAUGACUUAGACCCUCUGACACACUUCAAGGCUGUGUACUACGAAGCUCUGGAAACCGUCAUCUCUCAGAUCCAGGUUUGUUACGCACAUCUGGAUGACCUACGCUUCCUCGAGCUGCUGGAUCCAGCGAAGUUCACUGACAUGAACAUCCAUUUCGCAACAGAUGUGGUGGAUAGCCCAGUGAAGCUCUACGAGGGCUUCUUCAACGUGGACAGGCUCAGAGUGGACCUGAAGGCAUUCUACAUAGGCCAAGGACAGCAGCAGGACAGCCACAAGCUCUGUGAAUGGAUCUGUUACAUCCGGUCCCAGAAGAACCCACUACCAGAGCUCUACAAGCUGAUGUGCCUUGUGGCGACCAUUGGAGUGACCUCAGCUGACGUGGAGGAAAGCUUCCCCUGCCUGAAGCGCAUUCAUGACUUUGUGAAAGGGGAAAAGUUGGACGAUCAGCUCCACCAGAACAUGGCCAUGAUGUGCAUAGAGAAUGAGGGUUUGUCACAAACUCGGGGAGCAGCACUGGUAUGACAAAGUCACAAACCUCUGGGCCAGAAAGACCAAGAGAGAAGAUGAGUUCAUCACCAAGAUGGCUGCAGGAGGGUUGAAAGGGCAGGCAGCAAAGAGGACCUCCACAGCAACAGAGGAAUCUCAGGAGCCACCAGUCAGGAAGCAUGAUGACGAGGUUUUUCUCACCUGAAUGAUCUGAAUCUAGAUUCCAACACACAGGUCUCGCCAUCAUUGUAUGAUUUUUUUUGUGUGGAAAUGAACUGAAGCUUACGGACAAUGUCAAGGUGAUGAGUUAUUCACCAUUUUUGAUGAACAAAUAAGGUUUUAUAUGUAAGAUGGCUAAAUAAAGAGCAAAAUUAUUGAUAA